UACACAAAUGUGCCAAAACAACAACAUCAACAGCAGCAGCAAAAACAAUUUAAAAGCAAUUUAGAAGUGCAGCUCAUGUUAAACUAAAAGUCUGAUAAGAAAAGUUCUAUACUGUUAACACUUACGACCAACAGCAGCAACAACAACAACAUUAACAUAUCCUAAACGCUCAACUUAACAGCACGUUAACAUGAGUGACCAUUGCAUGACAGUUUAAAGCAGAUUGCUGCAACAAGUUAACAUGACCGAGUAAUGAGCAACGCCCAAACAGACAAAAGCUGAUUGCUGCCAUACCGAACGACUGACAGCAAAGAAAUCAAAUUGGUCUUGCAAUAUAACAAUUUUACAGUUAAUAGGAGCCAAACUAACAGUUUGACAAGCACACAUACAUAUAUAGAGUUAACAUGACGCUGCAAACUUUCACACGCAAAAUGCGCGGACGCAUGCGAUCAAACACCUGUCGCAUUGUCCUGCUCACCUCAUUGGUUUGGGUUAUAUUUGAUUUUGUGCUCAUUGCCCGUUACUCGGAUUGCAUUGGUAAAGAUGGCUGGCGUUGCAGGCGAGCCGGCGAAUACGAUGUUGAACUACCCAACGCUGAGCGUUUGGUGGACGACAAUCAGCUCGUUAAUGAUAAUGAAAUUAAUACCGAAAAGUCCUUGGAUGGCGAGGAUAACGGUGGAGGUCCGGCACCCAUUAUGGGCCAGGGCUUUGUCACUGGUGGCAUUUCGAUGACCUAUCGCAGUGUGGCCUUAAAGAAAUGGUUCCAAGCGCCCACAGUACGAGAGUCGCGGGGUAAACCCGGAGAAAUGGGCAAACCCGUUAAAAUAGGAGCUGAUAUGAAGGAUAUCAUGAAGGAGAAGUUCAAGGAGAAUCAAUUCAAUCUAUUGGCCAGCGAUAUGAUCUCGCUGAAUCGCUCCUUAACAGAUGUGCGGCACGAGAACUGCCGACAUAAACAUUAUCCUUCAAAGCUGCCUACUACUUCAAUAGUUAUUGUCUUCCAUAAUGAGGCGUGGACCACGCUGCUGCGCACUGUUUGGAGUGUUAUUAAUCGAUCACCGCGCUCUUUACUAAAAGAGAUCAUACUGGUCGACGAUGCCAGUGAGAGAGACUUCCUUGGCAAAAAGCUGGAGGACUAUGUGGCCAAAUUACCUGUACGUACAUUUGUUCUGCGUACGGAGAAACGUUCGGGCCUGAUACGCGCGCGUCUCCUUGGCGCUGAGCAUGUCACAGGUGAGGUGAUCACGUUCCUGGACGCCCAUUGUGAAUGCACUGAAGGCUGGCUGGAGCCUCUGCUUGCACGCAUCGUGCAGAAUCGUCGCACUGUCGUCUGCCCAAUCAUCGAUGUCAUCUCGGACGAGACUUUUGAAUACAUAACCGCAUCCGAUUCGACGUGGGGCGGCUUCAACUGGAAGCUCAACUUUAGAUGGUAUCGUGUGCCGCAGCGUGAGAUGGCGAGGCGGAAUAACGAUCGCACAGCUCCAUUGCGUACGCCAACAAUGGCUGGCGGAUUGUUCUCGAUUGACAAGGAUUACUUUUAUGAAAUUGGCUCCUACGACGAGGGCAUGGACAUCUGGGGUGGCGAAAAUUUGGAAAUGUCGUUCCGAGUUUGGAUGUGCGGCGGCUUGCUUGAGAUAGCGCCCUGUUCCCGCGUCGGCCAUGUCUUUCGAAAAUCAACCCCAUAUACCUUCCCGGGCGGUACGACGGAGAUUGUUAAUCAUAACAAUGCGCGUCUGGUUGAGGUUUGGCUGGACGACUGGAAAGAGUUCUACUACAGUUUUUAUCCAGGCGCUCGCAAAGCUUCAGCUGGAGAUGUUAGCGAUCGUAAGUCUUUGCGUGAUCGCUUGCAAUGCAAAAGCUUCCGUUGGUAUCUGGAGAACGUUUAUCCGGAAAGCUUAAUGCCACUGGAUUACUACUAUCUGGGCGAGAUACGCAAUGCAGAGACCGAGACCUGCCUGGACACCAUGGGCCGCAAGUACAAUGAGAAGGUGGGCAGCAGCUAUUGCCACGGCCUUGGCGGCAAUCAAGUGUUUGCCUACACGAAACGGCAGCAGAUAAUGUCCGAUGAUCUGUGCCUGGAUGCUGCCAGCUCCAAUGGGCCCGUCAAUAUGGUGCGCUGCCACAACAUGGGCGGCAACCAGGAAUGGGUAUACGAUGCGGAGGAGAAGUGGAUAAGGCAUACGAAUACGGGCCAGUGUUUGCAGCGUGCCACGCGAGACGAUGCAAGUACGCCGCUGCUGCGGCCCUGCAACUAUGCCAAGGGACAGCAGUGGCUGAUGGAGUCCAAGUUCAAGUGGCAGGCGCACUAGCUAAUAGCUAGAAGGAUAACUACGAACUACAACUAGAAACUAAACUGAAGAACUUCCAUUUUGUGUUUAAAAAUAUGUUAACUAAGUUGCCAGUAGAAGGAGUAGUAGAGAAGUAGUAACAGGAGCAGGAGCAGGAGCAGGAGCAGAUGUAGGAGCAGGACAUGCAUAAGGAGCAGGAGCAAGAAUUUCCAGCAUUUUUUCUGUGUGUGUUUUUUAAACUAAGUUAAUAGUUAUUUCUGUUGAGUGUGUGCGUGCCGAAUGUCUUCCCAAUUAACGUGUAUGCGUGCGUGCGUGUAUAUAUAUAUAUACAUAUAUAAAUAUAUAUAUAUAAAGCAUAGA